ACAUGCUAAAGGUGACAAAGACUCUACCAUCUUCUCCAUAUAUCAGACUCUUGAAUCUUGAUGUGAAGAUUUAUCAUGCAUUUAAUGAUAUGCAGGGAGGAAUCAUAUACCAAGACUUCGAUGGUCAUAAGAUUACAGUCCAUGAAGGAGAUGUCCAGGUGAAGAAAAACAGCAAACAUGUCAGACCAGCUUAAUUUUCUUGUUUCAUUCUUUUGAUUCUGGUUUUAUUACAGUGGAUGGCAGCAGGAAAAGGAAUCAUACAUUCUGAGAUGCCUGAAGAACAAGUCAACAACGGCAUACAGCUUUGGAUCAACCUCCCUUCCGUUGAUAAAAUGUUAAGAUUCUUCAAAUAGAUUCCAUUCUCCUUCAGCUUUCUCAAUGUUUACUAAGAUAUGUGUUAUUUGGUUUUCAACAGGAUUGAUCCAAAAGCCCUAGAACUGUCUAGUUCAGAGAUUCCAAGAGCAGAAGAAGAUGUAGUAGAGGUCAAAGUCAUAGCCGGAGAGUCAAUGGGAGUUAAAUCUCCUUUCUACACAAAAGUACCAAUCAUGUUCCUUGACAUUACUCUCAAGCAAAGAGCUCAAACUCACCAGACCGUUCCAGAGUCAUGGACCGCCUUUGCCUAUGUUAUAGAUGGUGAUGAUGGCGUGUUUAGGUCCUCUGACUCUUACACAGUACAAGCACACACUGUUGUGGUGCUUGGAAAAGGGGAUGGAGUUAGCGUGUUGAAUACGUCAAGCUUUAAGCCGUUGAGGUUCUUGUUGAUUGCAGGGGAACCUAUCAGCGAGCCUGUGGUUCAGCAUGGUCCAUUUGUGAUGAAUUCACAGGCUGAGAUUGAUAUGACCAUUGAGGACUAUCGCAGUGCCAAGAAUGGCUUUGAAGGAGCUAAGUCUUGGAGGUCAGAGUAAAAAAAGUUUUGAGGGUUUCUUCAUUUAUUUCACAUGGAUUUAAUCUUACAUCUUAUAUUCAUAUCAAUUUUAUUUAAUAAACAAUGUAAGACCAACUCUUAGCUAGUAACAUUUUUGCAGUUUCAUAUUUACA